AUGAUCAGCUUGUGGAAGUUCUUCUUGCUCCUCCUCACCCUCUCUCUGGCUCUGGCGGCCAGCCAAGACCCCAGUAGCAAUGAGAUGAAGGUGUUGAGGACACUGACCCCGGUCAACGUCACGAACGCCAACGUGAGGCAGAGUCUGUGGUUUGCCAUGCAAGAGUACAACAAGCACAGUGAGGACAAGCAUGUCUUCCUGGUGACCAAGAUACUGCAAGCCCAGCUACAGAUCACCGACCGUUUGGAAUACCUCAUCGAUGCUGAGAUCGCCCGCAGCACUUGCAGAAAGCCCGUGAGUGAAGACGAAGGUUGUAUGAUUGAAAAGAACGCCAAACUGGGGAAGAAAUUAUAUUGCAACUUCUGGGUAAGAACGCUUCCCUGGAAUGGCGAAUUCACUGUGAUAGAGGAACACUGCAAGGACGUGUGA